UACUUAUUGAAUAGCUGUGAUAACGACGUAACUCAUCUGCGUCACUGGCUGCGUUCUUGAUUAUUUGUAGAUUUGUUUUGAAUUGUGAUAUGGCUGCAAUGAAACAAAAGUUUUAUUAGAUCAGAAUGGUAGCUGCUGGAGCCACAGUUUUAAUGGCAGCCAGCAAAAAAGGUUCUUUGAACAGAACAGAAAAUAAUUCCACACGAUAUGAGAAUCAAAAUGUUUGUUCUCAUUAUAAUGAAAUACAUCAUAGUCUUCAAAGUAUAGAAUGUCCAGUUAAAAAGACUAUACCAUCUUGCGCUGUGACUAAGAGUAAGAGUCGUAACUCCAUGCUGGAUAAAAACAGUCGUUUAAUUUCAAGGUCAGAAAAUAAAGAAAGUAGUAAGAAUCUUACAUUGUAUAAGACAACAACAAUUCGUGAAACUAAAGCUUCCAGAUUAAGGGCUGCUUCAAUUACAUCGCUUAAUGGAGGAACAUUAGUAUCAAGAAAAUUAGGUAUGUCAGAUACAUCUGCCCCUUUAGGUCUUCAAUCCACUACUAGUCCAUUAGUUAAGAUUGAAAAUUCAAUAUCAGGUAACAGUAGUACUAUAAAUCCUAUAAGAGAAAGAGAUAAAGGUUAUAAACGAAAAUCAUAUUUAAAUCGAUCGCUUAAUAUGGAAGCAACAACAGGUGAUCGUUUAAAUCAGUCUGAAUGUAAUGAUAGACGAUCCAGAAGACAAUCAAACAAGCAAAGCUACAUAUCUGACACGAUAUCUACUUCCAAUUCUAAUAAUCAACGUCAAGUAACAACAACUAAUUUAAGUAAAAAACCACUUGAGUCAAAAACAGUUUAUCAGAAAGUUAGUACUCAAUAUGUUACAAAUCAUCCAAAAACCUCUACAUCGCCUUCUGUUAAUCCUCUUGCAAGCACUAAAUAUUCAAAUAUACAACGAACUAGUGGUGGAUAUAGCGAUUCAGAAGUUUCACGAAGAGUUGAUGCAUUAACAGCAUUAACAAAGUCUGCAAUAGAACGCGUGGAAAGACUCGCGUCGCAGGCAAAUUUGUCUACAAGUUAUGGACCACAAUUGGAAAAUCAUUCGUCCAACGCGUCUGAAGGAAAUUCCGUUAGUAAUACAGAAACUAACGCAAAUAAUGCACAUGCGUUACAAUCAUCGCCAAGAAAAUGUUCUAUUUUAAAGAAAUCAAACGAUGAACAUACUCAAGAUGGAUCUUUAAGCCAUCAACAUAAGCCAGUUUCUAUCCUUAAGCAUAAGAUGUCUGAUAACGAAGCAGGUCAAAAUUUGUCUAAUUCCACUCAUACAGUUUUGCCAGUAACCUUUUCGCCAUCUGUAGUGGAACCAACACAUAAAAGACAUGGUAUUUUAAAAAAGCGUAGUAGCUUAGAUGAGAGUGAGAUACUUCGACGUCGUAGCUGCUCGCCAGACAUCUCUUUUGCUGAUAAUGCUUAUUCUGAAUUCAGGCCAAUAUUAAAAAAUCAAAGACGAUCAUCUCUGGACGAAAUUAUUAAGAGGGAUCAAAGUCCAGAUCCCCAGCCUACUUCCAUAUUAAAACGAAAAUCGUCUAGAGAAGAUGAUAGAGAAGAUCGACAGGUUGGUUCUUUAGAACCACAGGGUAUACUUAAAAGAAAAUCUACAAAUAGCCUACGAACAAGUAGUGUUAAUCAUCAUGUGAUCAUUACAAUGGAUGCAACAAGUGUGAGUGGUCCUGAAAUACUUGAUAGCUCUAAGGUGAGGCCAAUACUAAAGAAAAAGCACAGUCGAGAGGAAUCGUUUGGUAGCGAUCCACCGUCUUUGGAACCACGACCAAUAUUGAAAAAAAAGUCAAGCACUGAAUCAGACGAACACGACGACAAACCGAAAAAAACGAUUUUAAAAUGUACUCGUAAAAAUUCACAGGACGAAUGUAAUUACGAGACAGAAUCAACCUCGCCGAAAAAACUGUCGAUGCUUAGAAACCGUUCUUUACAAGGUAGAGCAAGUGGAACGUUGGAAAAUGAUCCUGUGCGACCUAUAUUGAAGCAACCCGGUAGUAGAGACAACGAAUCGCGAGUUCGUUUGAACUUACAUGAUGAAGUAUGUACCGAACCGGGAGAUUUAUUUUUGCGAAAAAGAGCACAAUCUGUAGGGCAUGUCCGGCCUUUUAAUAUUCCUAACGAAUUUGCUGGUGCACUGAAUAAACGAAGAUCUCUUGAAUUCACAUCUAUGAGCGAUGUGUUAAAAGAAAAGUCGCAAACAAGACUAAUGACCAACAGCAACUAUUUAAAGACAGACCUUUCUUUGAGUGACGAAAGUGCCAAUACUUGUGCUACUUUUUCUAACACACUGAACAGCAAAAUAAAAGAUAAACCUGGGGACGAAGAAAAACAGACUGCAACAGUAUUCGAAACCGAAGUGAAAGAUAAAAUAAAUUUACAUGGGUUUCCUGUAAAUAAUAGAACCGAUAAAAGUACUACACUUUCUGCCGAAAUGACCGACUACAAGGAAUACGCGGGUGACGAGUCUUUGGAAAAAAAGCAUGAUGUUACGGACGCUCGGGAAAGUAAUAGUGUUCAUCGUAGUAAUAGUGUUUCCAAAAUGGCAUUGCAUUUCAAAACAUUACAAGAUAAAGCCAAUCAUAAAGAUAAGGAUAAUGUGUCUCAAAGGACACCAACCAAGGGUUCGCGCGGCAUACAACGUUAUAGAGAACGGAAACUUCAAGGAAAUGAUAGAUUUAACACACAACCAGUAACUUUCCAAGAAGUGCAGGAGGCAGUUCUACAAAAUCAGCGUAACGCUACAACAAUUAAACGAUCAAAUUUAACAGAAGGUAAUUUAACUGCGACCGACGAUGAGUACGAUCCUUCUAAAUUAAGCUUGGCAGAACGUGUGCGUUUAUUUAAUAAAAAAAUUGAUACUGAAAAGAGUUCAGUGUCAGAUAAUAUGUCACUGGAAAGACAUUCACGGAGACGACCAGCUACUCGCUAUAAAACACAACCAGUUACAUCCGAAGAAGUCGAAGUAGCAUCUCGAAUAUCUCCAUUAAAUGCGGCACAAUAUUCGUUGGAUACUGCUUUUCAAGAACUUCAUGAACAAAUUAAUUCUUCUCAAAAUGAUGUAAUAAAAAGCAUUUUAAAACCUGUAUCAUCUCAUACGCAUAGUGUGCCUCGGACGAAAAGUCCCGAACUCGAAGGUUUGAAAUUGAUAAAAUCUGUACUUAAAAAGGAGUCGGAAGAGUUAGAACAACAAACGUUCGAAAAUUCCGAUUUACCAUGCUCUGUAUUAAAAUCCAACUUAAAACUCGAAGACACAAAGGUAGAAAGUACAAUGGAAAGCAAUCUUUCUACACAGUACAACUUGGAUUGUGUCUGUAGUGUGGAGAAGGAUAAUUGUAUAAAAGGUAGGCAAUAUGAAGCUAAACAAACACAUACUGUGCCUUUUUGCAAAAAUAGUAUUCAGACUGAAUUAAAUAGAAUAAGAAUCAAAUCUGCAUUAGAUGGCAUAAACAAUGCUCAAACUGAAGUCGUUCCAUCUGAAAAGGAUGAAGAAACACUUCGAAUAUCAGAUGACGAGACGUCUUCUGGAAAUCAUGAAGUAUGUAAUGUAAAAAAUGAAGAUGUACUUCCUCAUCAUUCUAUUUUUUCAAAGCAAACCAGAUAUGCUUCAUUGUUGAAGAGCGCCAGCCAUCACGCGAUUAGCAACAAAACACACGAAAGCGAAUCGUGUAAUGUAACAAUACAGAAACAACAUGGUAUAGCACUACCGGGAUUAUAUCGUAGCGCAACACAAGCAAUACCGACCAUGGAUACUAACGACGGUCCUAGUAUGAGUAUCGCAGAUCGGUUGGCUGCACUUCAACGUAGUGGUAGCACAAACUGGAAGCGACGCAUAGCGUCCGAAUCAUCCAAUACAUCGGAUGGAUUGUGUACUAGUUCGACCAAUAAGGAAGAACUCAGUAUCAAACAUGGAGUACUUGCCGAUUGUCUUGGAAAAUUAGGGUCCGCCACAGAAGGAUGGAAGAAAAGAAUAGCUGCGUCGGAUGCAACGAAGUUUACCGUAGCUGGAAAAAUGAAAGUAGAACAACCGAAAGAUUUAGAGUCGGGACCGUCUUCGCCGCUAAUUGAAGUUACAGGAAAUAUCGCGGAUAGGCGAAAGAAAACUCCUCGCCCGGAACGAUUUAGAGCAAAGAAGGGAUAUAUGAAGGACGUUGUGUCUAUGCCAACCAGCCCGAGUAUAGAUUCGUACACUAAAUCGCGAGGAAGCUUUUCUGAGCCUACAAGUGACGACAGUGCGGAAGAAUACAAAACAGGGAAGAAUGUAUCGCCUACUGUGUCAAUUCCAAAAAUAGACAAUGAAACAUUCACUUCCUUCUUUACUGGAAUUUCAUUAGAGAAAUGCGAGGCUGAAUCUGUCGAUUUAAACGAAAGUGAUUUUGACGUAAUUACAUCGCAAUCCGAAUUAUUAGUUCAAAAACGUAAUAUUCGGAUUCAACGGCGACGUGCCGUUUCUAGAAAUCCCCUUAAAGUGCUUGCAGCUCGCACUGAUUUGAAGUCAGAGUAUACUGAAAUACGAACUGGCGUCGCGGAAAAAGUAAUGAAACAAUUGAAUGUUGAAAAACUGGCAAAAAAUUCAUCUUUGGCUAUGGAAGCUUUAGCUGGCCUGGCUUCCACCGAAGACUUUAGUAAUAUAACACUGAGGAAUGUUGCCGAAACGAACGUUUCAAUAAAUAAGCUACAGCCAUACAAAGACUUAAUGCUGAUUUUAAUUAAAGGUAGACGUCACGUACAAGUAAGAUUAGUUGAACCAGUUGCAGAAAGCAUAAAUACCGGCGAUAAUUUUAUUUUAGUAACAAAAUCAGAGGUUUACAAUUACGUUGGAAAAUAUUGUAACGUUAUCGAGAAGGUUCGAGGUGCAGAAAUUGCAAUGAGUAUCCAGCAAAAUAAAGAUCUUGGCACGCAAGCAUCUCAAGUCAUCACGAUUAACGAAAAUAAAGUUACGUGUUCGAAAAGUCAAUUGCAAAAGUUUUGGAAUUAUCUUGGCGUCGAGAAUGAAAACAUGGAUGUUAUUGAUGGUGGACAUCCUGACGAAGACGAACUCUAUGAAACAGCUAUGAUAGAUACGAACAUGAUGUAUGAAAUUAAAGGUGAAGAACUUGUCCCUCUUGAAAAGUAUUGGGGUGCUAUACCGAAAAUUGAAAUGCUUGAUCCAAACAAGGUGCUAGUGUUCGAUUUUGGUAGCGAAAUGUACAUAUGGAGUGGAAAGGGAGCUUCUACCGACAAAAAGAAACUUGCAACGCAUCUUGCUACAGAAAUGUGGAAAGAAGGAUAUGAUUAUUCCGAAUGCGCUGUAUGUCCAAUUACUUCGGCAUCUAUGAUUGGUAGACGCGUAAUAUCUCAAACGGACUUAAAAUCCGCAAAAGUCAGACCUAACUGGUGCUUACUUGCUAAGUUGACACAACACGUAGAAACGUUACUUUUUAGAGAAAAGUUCCUUGACUGGCCAAAUGUUUCUGGAAUUAUACGAGUUCGAGGUAACAAAAGCAAAGAACAAGUCGACGGAACCAUAACAAUAGAAACGUGCAAUAUUGAUACUUUAUUAGAAGAAAAUCCCACACCCGUUGAUUUAGUCCUCGAAGGAAGUCAUUUGGGUAGAGGUACUGGUUGGUAUGACACCGAGUUAAUGAAACAGUACGUCGUCACAACAACGAACGUGAAAGUAUGGCACAUUGAUGAAUUCUCGCAUACUCUUUUGAAUGAUUCGUCUGUCGGGCAAUUUUAUUCUGGUGAUAGUUAUAUUAUAUAUUGGAUGUAUUCCGUUACAAUUACUGGUCGUGAGCUUAGUGGUAUGCCUUCAAAGCAUUCUGCAAAGGGCCGUGAUCGUUCGGUUUAUUUUAUUUGGCAAGGCCAGAACGCGUCAUUGAACGAACAGGGUGCUGCAGCUUUACUAACUGUCGAAUUAGAUAAUGAUCAAGCACCUCAGCUCCGUGUAGUUCAAGGACACGAACCAGCUGCAUUUCUCAAUUUAUUUUCUGGUGGAAUGAUCGUACACUGUGGUAAGAAAACGAAUACACAACGUGACAAACGAUGGCGAUUGUACAUAUGUCGAGGUACUUUAGAGUCAGAGGUGUCUUUAAUAGAGAUCCCUUGUAGUACUCGUCAAUUAAGAAGCAGAGGUUCUCUUAUAUUGCUAGACACUAAACACGACAAAAUUUAUGUGUGGCAUGGAUCUAAUGUGUUACCUCAUAUUAAAAAGAAUGCUUGCAACGCAGCAAAGAAGUUACAAGAAAAUCGGCCCCCGGAACCUGGUUUGUCAUCUGAAGGCAAUAUAGAAAUUCUUGAGAUUAACGAGGGAACCGAACCAGAAGAGUUUUUUAAUGCAUUAGGAGGAAUGAAUAAAAAGCUGUACGUAUCACUAGAAAAAGACCAAUUACAGGAACAUACUCCAAGACUGUUUCAUUUAUCAAGCAUUUCUAAAGAAUUUAAACCUGUAGAAAUGUUGUGCCCCCAUCGUGCUUCUUUGCCAACUCCGUUCCCUUUUCUACAGGAAGAUUUAUAUCAAGUUAGUCAACCAGCUUUAUUUUUAUUGGAUAACAAACACGAACUGUGGAUAUGGCAAGGCUGGUGGCCUGAUACCGGAGCGGAGGAUCAGUCUGGUAGUAGAGCAGUCAGAUGGCAAGCUGAAAGGAGAGCAGCCAUGACCAUGGCUAUGCAAUAUUGGCAAAACAUUCAUCCAGAAACUAUGAAAUUUCCAAUUUAUUUAGUCUGGGCUGGUCUCGAACCGUUGCGAUUCAUAAAUUUAUUUCCUACAUGGAGAUAUCGGGAUGAUAUUGCAGAAUUAAAUAUAGAGGAUGGCCGAAAUCCUGGAGAGGUAUUGACUGUAGAGAACGAAUUGAUCCGAUUAACUAAAAGCACGUACCCUCCAGCUCAAUUAUUACAGCGACCUUUACCAGAAGGAGUUGAUCCUACACAUUUGGAAUUGUAUCUAUCACAGCAACAUUUUGAAGAUUUAUUAGGAAUGAGUAAAGAAGAAUUUCAAGAGCUCCCAGUUUGGAAACAAGUGAAUUUAAAAAAAGAAAUUGGACUUUUUUGAUGAAACGCCCCUACUGCCAAUUCUGCAAGCAAUAGCUGCCCCUGUAAAGCGUUUAAUAAAGUUUUUGUUAAUUGUUUUAUGAUGUUUAUAACUUCAAACUUUUUAACUUCUUGAUAAUAUGAAUUUGCGUUUAAAAUACGCCUAAAGUUGCCUAUCAAUCGAAGAAGAAUUAAUAUUAUAAUGCAGUUGAAGAUGUUUACUACUAUCUCAAAUAUAAUAUAUACUAUACAUAUAUGCGCGCGCGCGCACACACACACAUACACAUACACAUAGAUAGGUAAUUAUAUAUUUUUAAUACACAUUAAACAUAAAUUGGCUUGUGAAUAUUUCCUUUAUAUUUGUAUGGGCUUUAUAUUCAUUGAUAAUACAAUAUGUUUUAGAAUGGCUUAUUCUUACAUGUGUAACAUUUGUACAAGAGCGACUGUAUUCUUUACAACAUACUCUGUGUUUUUGAACAGUAUUCAAUGAAAUUUCUCAAUGUU